GCCUCCUCGCAGGCCCGCGACGUGCCCGGCCGGCGACCGAGCGGCGGGGACGGCGUCCGGCGUACUCACUUCCGCGUCCCGCCGCCCUCCGGCCCGCGCGCGCCUAGCCACCGUCACCAUCGGACAAUAGGCCGCCAGCCCCGCUGCCGAGAACUUCCUGACGGGGCCCGGCCGGCCCGUGUGCCCCAGACAUCGAUCCCUCUCCGCGUGGGCCAGGAUUUCAGCCCCGCGCCACCUGGGGAAGCAGCGGAGGACCGAGCGCCCGGGACGUGCCCGCGCCUCCCGCCCGCCGCGUCUUUGCUCCUGCCUGGCUGGUUGGUGGCUUCUGCACUCUCCGCCUGAGCGGCUUUAGCCCGGCUCCGUCCAGCGGUUGCUGCCGUGUUGUGGGUUUUUGAGUUUGAUUGCUUAAGGAGGAUGUGAUUUUUUUUCCCCCUCCCUAUUUCUUUCUCCUUUUCUGAUUUGAAACAGAGAAGAGAAUCACAGCCAGCUUGGACAGGGAAGCGCCGCCAGCUGCCCCCACGUGGACACCAACGAGGGGAAAAGGAAUUGGAAGCAAUCUUGGUCCAAGUGGCUUUGAGGCCUCGCAUCGGCUCUACUCACUGGCCUGGGGUCAUGACUCUCCUGCUGGGCAGGUGGAAGGCUUUACCUGUCUUGGGCUGGACUUGAGCCUCUGUUCUUUGCCAGCACCCCCACCCCACCGCCCUCCACACUCUCCAUACCCAGCACCUGGGCUAGGCCCAGACACUGGUCUGCAACAUGGAUAAGUACGACGACCUGGGCCUGGAAGCCAGUAAGUUCAUUGAGGACCUGAACAUGUAUGAGGCCUCCAAGGAUGGACUCUUCCGAGUGGACAAGGGUGCAGGCAACAACCCGGAGUUUGAGGAAACACGCAGGGUGUUUGCCACCAAGAUGGCCAAAAUCCACCUCCAGCAGCAGCAACAGCUCCUGCAGGAGGAGACCCUGCCCAGGGGGAGCCGAGGUCCUGUUAAUGGUGGGGGCCGCCUGGGCGCACAGGCCUACCGGGAAGCUGGUGUGGGCAGCAAGCUGACUGCGGAUGGUGCUGCCAAGCCCCCUCUCGCUGUCUCAACAGUGACUCCUGGGACAGCCACCACCAUCACAGCUGGGCAGCCCUUGUACCCACCUCAGGAGCAGAAGGCCAGGCUGCCUGUCCGUGGCGUGAGGCAAGGUAGCCAGGACUGUGGGUCCAAGGAGAGCAUGGCGAGUUCCGAGAUGUCUGCUUUCCAUCGGCAGGGCCCCUGUGAGGAUCCUUCCUGCCUCACCCACGGAGACUAUUAUGACAACCUCUCCUUGGCAAGCCCCAAGUGGGGUGACGAACCAGGAGUGUCCCCCAGCAUCAGGCUGAGUGUAGGAAGUGGGUGGUCUGGCACUCCAGGGAGCGAGCCAGCCCUGUCCAAACCCUCCAGGGAUCAUCUGUACCAGCAGCAGCUUUCCCCAAGCUCCAGCAGGUCAUUGCAGAGCGGCCCUGAUGGUGGUGUUGGUGGCCGCAGCAGCGAGAAGCCAGCAGGUCUUUGGACCACCGCCUCUUCCCAGCGAGUGAGCCCUGGACUCCCUUCCCCAGGCCCAGAGAACGGAGCCCUACUGAGGUCUGCUCAGCCCAGGACCCCUUCUUUCUCUGCGUCCCUGGCCCCCAGCCGCCCCAGUCAAGGAGCUCUUCCAAGAACAAACUCGGGAGUGGCAAGUGAGCUUUCAGGCAUGAUGCCCAAACCCACCGUGGACCCUCAACCCUGGUUCCAGGAUGGGCCCAAAUCUUACCUUUCUAGUUCUGCUCCAUCAUCCUCGACAGCCAGCAUGGACAAUAUGCAGCCGGGUGCCGUCCCUGGGCUGGGUCCCAAGCCUGCCUGCACAGACCCUGGCGUGGGUCCUAAGCUCAGCCCCACCAGCCUUGUCCACCCAGUGAUGUCCACCCUGCCUGAGUUAUCUUGUAAAGAAGGUCCCCCUGCCUGGUCUCCUGAUGGCAGCCUGGGGCCUGUGCUCCCAGAGAGCCCCAGUUCCCCCAGGGUGAGGCUGCCCUGCCAGACCCUCGUGCCGGGCCCUGAGCUUGGGCCCACGGCUGCCGAAUUGAAAUUAGAAGCCCUCACCCAACGUCUGGAACGUGAGAUGGAUGCUCAUCCGAAGGCCGAUUACUUUGGAGCCUGUGUGAAAUGCAGCAAGGGGGUGUUUGGGGCUGGCCAGGCCUGCCAGGCCAUGGGGAACCUCUACCAUGAUGCAUGCUUCACCUGUGCAGCCUGCAGCCGGAAGCUGAGAGGAAAAGCCUUCUAUUUUGUCAACGGCAAAGUGUUUUGUGAGGAAGACUUCCUGUACUCUGGUUUCCAGCAGUCUGCUGACAGGUGUUUUCUUUGUGGACAUCUGAUUAUGGACAUGAUCCUGCAGGCCCUAGGGAAGUCAUACCACCCCGGUUGUUUCCGCUGUGUCAUCUGUAACGAGUGCUUGGAUGGGGUGCCCUUCACUGUGGACUCAGAGAACAAGAUCUACUGUGUCCGGGAUUAUCACAAGGUGCUGGCCCCCAAGUGCGCAGCCUGUGGCCUUCCCAUUCUUCCACCCGAGGGCUCAGAUGAGACUAUCCGUGUCGUGUCUAUGGACAGAGAUUACCACGUGGAGUGCUACCACUGUGAGGACUGCGGUCUAGAGCUCAAUGAUGAAGAUGGUCACCGCUGCUACCCCCUGGAGGAUCACCUGUUCUGUCACUCCUGCCACGUCAAGAGGCUGGAGAAGGGCCCCUCCUCCGCAGCCCUUCACCAGCACCACUUCUAGCCAGAGCCUCCUGCAGACCUCACAUCAGGGACAAGGAGCCAAGAUUGCACCAUGAGGAGUCCACCUGUUAAUUCCAGUGGCCCCUGGAAUGGAAUUAGGGUUGGGACAGUGGGGGGGGGCAUUUCCUUAGUGUGUGUCAGGGGUGCCUUUCCUUUAACCAGGGAGAGGAUCCCUGCCUGGCUGGUAUUGUAUAUUUUCUAAGUGCCUUUCUUUGCUGCCACACCCUUAUUAGAUUACUCAGGAAAACACCCCAGCAAGUGCGUGGCAUGUGACAGGAGAUCUCAUUAGUGUGACCGAAUGAACCCUCCUGUCCCCUCCGGGAAUAGUUCAUGCUUCAGAGGGAAAGGUUUGCACUGAGCAGAUCUUACUCUGAAGAGAGAUUUCAGCUGCCCGUACAUUCAAUCCUCUCCCUCCCCUUUGGAAAAUACUUGGACCCAAAUGCCCCCUCCCAACCACACCAGACGCACACACACACAUACACACACACAGUAAUUUAAGACUUCCACUCCAGAGCUUCAGUUCUUCUGUAGAAUGGCUGCACAUUUUAACUGCACCAUUGCAAGAAGGAAGCUCUAACAUGUGCUUUGGAUCUUAGGUGGAAUUCACUUGGUAAACCAGAGCCAUGAUUUGAAAUAAGUGAGAUAGGGUUUCCUCCUUGUGCCCUGACCACGUUCUCUGUGCCCCUGCAAAUCUUCACGCCUUAAAAGGGCAGCUGGGGGCCUGACAGAGGUUGGUCCUCUUCUAGUAAAGUGUGCUCUGGGACGAGAACUUGGUGCCGGCACCAGGCCUCUUUGCCCAUCUGUUUGCGCUUUUUUCCUUUGGAGCUCUCGUGAGUCUGGGACUUGGGAGUUGCUCCUGCAAAAGUGGGUCUGGGAUCUUCUGUGCGGAUCCUCUUGUGUCUGUUUUUGCUUAUUUAAUGAUGGGCUUUUGGGAAGCUUGUCCAUGUACUGAGACCUAGCUCCUAAUAAAUGAGGAGAGUUUUUGUGUGUGAGAUCUCA